CCCCUGUUCCUCUCUCCCCUGCAGCUGUAUGAGCUGGACGACGACCCCAAGCGAAAGGAGUUCCUGGACGACCUCUUCGGCUUCAUGCAGAAGCGAGGGACGCCCGUGAACCGCAUCCCCAUCAUGGCCAAGCAGGUGCUGGACCUGUACACAUUGUACCGGCUGGUGACCGACAAGGGCGGCCUGGUGGAGGUGAUCAACAAGAAGAUCUGGAGGGAGAUCACCAAAGGCCUCAACCUGCCCACCUCCAUCACCAGCGCCGCCUUCACCCUGCGCACCCAGUACAUGAAGUACCUGUACCCCUACGAGUGCGAGAAGCGAGCGCUCAGCUCCCCAGGCGAGCUCCAGGCUGCCAUCGACAGCAACCGGCGGGAGGGCCGGCGGCAGAGCUUCAGCGCCGCGCUCUUCAGCUACUCACCCGUGGGCACGCCCGCCAUGCUGGCCUCCCCCAAGGGCUCUGUGCCUGCCCUCACCCUCGCCACCCACGGCUGCAGCCAGCUCGCCCAGGUGCACGCCAUCAAGAAAGCAGAAGAUGGCCUGCUGUCCGCGGCGGUGCCUGGGCGCCUCACCAUCCCCGUGAGCCUGGCAGGGCACCACCUGGCAGCCGCCUCCCAGGCCGCAGCGCUGGAGCAGCUGCGGGAGAAGCUGGAGACGGGGGAGCCCCCCGAGAAGAAGAUGGCGCUGAUGGCGGAGGAGCAGCAGCGGCUGGUGCAGCACGCCCUGCAGCAGAACCUCCUGGCCAUGGCCUCCCAGCUCCCCAUGAGCGUCAAGAUCGGCAGCCGAGAUGACAGACAGGAGACCGCAUUGAACCUGUCCACCACAGGUAUUAGCAGCAUCAACAUGUCAAUAGAAAUAAAUGGAGUUGUCUACACAGGUGUCCUGUUCGCUCGCCGGCCAGCGGUGCCCGGAGCCCCCGGCAGCGCCGGCGGGGGCAACACCCAUGGGCAGGCGAGCCCAGCGCCCUCCCAGAACCAGCUGCUGUCAACCUCUUCCCACAGCCACACUCCCGCCAGCACCUCGCCGUGAGCGCGGGGGGGACCGCCAGCCCCAGCCCCCACACCCCAUCCUCCCUUGCCCCCGAGGACGAAAAACCUCUGAGCUGUGCCGGUGGAGCACCUGCUGCCGCCCUGCUGCAGGGACACCGUGGUCGCUUGCCAGGCUGCUGCCUUCACCCACUCGCCUCUGCCACCUCCUUCCCCACCUGCCUGGGCCAGGGGCCUGCUGCCAGGCUGGGGGCUCUGUGUCCACUGCCCGGGGCCAGGUCAGGGCUGGCGGUGCCUUCAGCUGCUUGAGGACUGAGCUGAGGCAUAGUGGGGUGGAGGGAGCCACACGCCUGUGCCCUGCAUGGCACACGUGUGCCCUUCCACCCUGUGAGAAGCUCCUGGGCUGCCCUUGCACGCUCAUGUGAUGGCCAGGCUUGUUUUGUGCCACGCCUCCCCACAGGGCAUGAUCAUGCAUACCCUCUGUCCUCACUGUCGCACCCCUGCCCACAGUGUCCUCCCCUACAUGCACACACACACACUCAUGCACAAGAUGUUACGCACAUGCAGUCUCUUCACCGUGAUGCCCACACAUAUAAUCCCCUUACCAACCCCUGUCACAUGCAUGCUGUCCUUCCCUGCCUGUCAUACAUGUGCAAACACACAUGAUGACCUCUCUGGUGCAGGCACACCCCCCCACCUCACACACACACAUGCACACACACACACACACCUCCUUCCCUGUCACACCCACCCCAUUUUCCCCCCUCUCACACGGGGUGCUAGCCCUCUUACACACGCACAUGUGCACAGCACCAUCCAGGCAUGUGUGAUGCCUUCCAUGUGACAGGUGUGCGCUCACACAAUACCCCCUCAGUACAUGUUGCACUUGCUCCUGUCAUAUCCCCCCAGUACAUCCAAGCACUUGUACAACACCCCCAUCACACACACGCACUUGCUGUUCUGUCCAUGCAUGCACACAAUCCCUGUUACAUGCGUGAACUCACACACUGCCCUCCAUCACAUGCAUGCACUCGCUCUUGCUACAGCCGUGCACACACACAAUCCCCCCAGUACACACAUGCACUCAUGUGGUGCCCC